AUGAGGCUCGAUGGGAUCUCGUUAUGUCUUCUUACCCGGUUUGUUGCGCUUGUCACCGCGAGUGAGUCCCCAACCUCAUUAGGCGGGACGAUCGUCGAUUCUUCCACAGAGCAGGGGAGGGAGAGCGAAAGCCCGUAUUUUCCCUGGACGCAUCAACCCAUCUGCUCGGAGCACCUCAGCGAAGCGGGAGAUGAGUUCUGCGUCUACACAAACGCGUCCUUCAGCAACGGACGCGGCAUCUCCAUCUUCACCACGCCCGCGAUCGCGCGCGAGUUUGCGUCUCUGCCACCGUUCCAAGAUGCCACGGCACUGUCCUCCAAGGGCAUCAACCCCGACACAGACGAGGAAGAUCGGCCCUGGUACACGGCGUCCCUCCCCGGUAAGGGAAUCGGCAUGUUGGCGUCGCGGCCGCUCAAACGUGGCGAUCUGAUCACGGCGUAUACGCCCGCCCUUGUCGCACAUAUAGGCGACCUCGUCUUCUCAGAGGAUCGGGAGAGAUUGCUGAAGCUGGCUAUUGAUCAACUACCCCCGGCAAGUCGAGAUGCCUAUCUCGACCUGGCCAAGAUUUACGAUGAGCCGGAGGUCGUGGCUCAGGAUGUGUUGAAGGCGAAUGGAUUCGACAUGAAGAUUGGGGGGUUGUUGCAUCCGGCUGUGUUUCCAGAGGCCGCGAGAUACAACCAUGCCUGUGAUCCCAACGCGCAAUACUUCCUCUCGACCGACCUGUUGACACACUACGUCCAUGCCGUGCGCCCCAUCGAAAAGGACGAGGAAAUCACAAUCUCGUACGCGCCGCCUCUCCGCCUCCACGCCGACCGGCAGCAAUUCUUCAACCUCCGCACGGUACGAGACUCGGACAAGGCUACUCAAGACAUCGUCAACCUGCAGUGGCAGCUCUCCCGACCCGACCCGACCGCCGGCGUCAGAGAAGCCGAAACGCUCGUCGACCUCUACAAAGCCGAGGGACUGGAAGGGUUUCUGGACGACGCGUACGGUCACGCCGCACUGGCGUAUAGUCGCGUCGGCAGCGCGAGAGGGGCCAAGAAGUAUGCCAGGUUGGCGGUCGAGGCCGCGUGGUUCAAGUACGGGUUUGACGGGGAAGGCAUGGACAAGGUCAGGGAGUGGGAGAGCAUCGCGAGGGAUCCUACGGCUCAUGCGAGUUGGAGGAGUGCGAUCAGGAAGACGGAAUUAUAG